AUGGCUCUACAUUUCAAAUCGUGUUUUCCCUCCUUUAAACCUCACGUUGUUGCAAUCAAAACAGAUUUUUCUCAAAGAUUUAACCCUGUCAAAUUUGAUUAUCUGCCUACUGUUAACAAGUGGAACAUUGUUCAAGAAAACAAGUAUAUCGCAUGGAUAAGCUUUGAUGAUCUCAGCAUUAAACACGCAAAGAAAUUGAAGGUACUUAAACAUGUGCUCCGGAAUGACGAAAGUUCACUGCAAGGAAUGUACAUGAUUGAUGCAAUGCAGCGCCUAAAUAUUGAUUACCAUUUCCAAGAGGAAAUUGACUCAUUUUUACGAAGGCAAUAUGUUAUUUACACCAAUAGUUGGGAUGGCUAUGGCCAUAAUCUUCAUCAGCUUGCACUUUGGUUUCGUCUAUUGAGACAACAAGGUCACUAUGUAACUGCAGAGGUGUUUGAGAAGUUCACAGACGUGGAUGGAAAGUUCAACCAAGAACUAGGUGGAAAUAUCAAUGGAAUGAUAGAAUUAUAUGAAGCCUCACAGCUAAGCAUAACAGGGGAAGACAUACUUGAUGAAGCUGGAAAAUUUAGUAGGCAUGUCUUGAAGGAAAGGUUGGGUGGCCUUGAUGAUCAUGAAGCUAAGUGUGUAAGGAGUACCUUGGAACACCCUUUUCACAAAAGCCUGCCAAUGUUCACCGCUAGAGAUUUCUUUGGAGAUUUCCAUGGCAUGAAUCGAUGGUUAGGUUCCUUAAAAGAAGUGGCAAAAUUGGAUUUCAGUUUGCUGCAACGCUUCCACCAGCAGGAAAUUAUUCAAAUUUCCAAAUGGUGGACAGAACUUGGUUUAGCUAAUGAGUUAAAGUUCGCCAGAAAUCAACCACUGAAAUGGUACAUUUGGUCCUUGGCAUGUCUCCCCGGUCCUACUUUAUCAGAAGAAAGGGUUGAGCUCACAAAACCAAUCUCUUUCAUCUAUAUAUUAGAUGAUAUUUUCGAUGUGUAUGGAACUCUUGACGAAUUAACUCUUUUUACGGAGGUUGUUUCCAGAUGGGAUAUCAGAGCUACUGAGCAGCUACCGGAUUACAUGAAGAUAUGUUUCAAGGCACUUUAUAAUCUGACUAAUGAAAUCAGCUCCAAGGUCUAUGAGAAAAAUGGAUGGGACCCUACUGACUCUCUUCGUAGGAUGUGGGAGAGUUUGUGCAAAGCCUUCCUCGUUGAAGCAAAAUGGUUUGCUUCUGGAAACUUUCCAAGUGCUGAUGAAUACUUAAAGAACGGGAUAGUUAGCUCUGGAGUGCACAUUGUGCUCGUUCACAUUUUCUUUCUUUUGGGUCAAGGUUUAACCAAGGAAAAUGUUCAGAUCAUAAACAGAAUCCCAGGCAUUAUUUCUUCCUCAGCAACAAUUCUUCGGCUUUGGGAUGACUUGGGAAAUGCAGAGGAUGAGAAUCAAGAAGGCAAUGAUGGGUCAUACGUGAAUUAUUUCUUGAUGGAACACCAAGACUUGUCGUUGACAAUAGCAAGAGAGCAGGUUAUGAGUAUGAUCUCUGAUGCGUGGAAAAGCCUCAACCAACAGUGCCUGUUUGAAAGCACAUUUCCUACAGCAUUCACUAAGGCAUCUCUCAAUCUUGCAAGGAUGGUACCAUUGAUGUAUUGUUAUGACGAUAAGCAUUCUCUUCCAAGGCUAGAGGAGCGAGUCCAGUCCUUGCUUUAUGAUAAUGUUCUACUGUAG